AUGACGAGAAAAUACAGUUAUUUCUGGCUUUUUAUGUCCGUUUCCACCCUGGCUCAGUUACAAACAUUCUCGCCCCCCGGGCAAAGUGGAAUCACCUAUAGUGUUAAUAUACCCCAAUCCACCGUGUCCUCCGGCUCGGGGCCGAUUUAUUUCCAACUGAAGUCCACGAGCGAGCUUCAGUGGUUUGCAUGGGGCCAGGGCGCUCAAAUGCAAGGAGCAAAUAUAUUCAUCGUCUAUGCAUCUAGCGACGGCAAUAAUGUUACUGUCUCCCCGCGACUGGGCGUGGAGCAUGUUGAGCCACUGUAUAACUCCAAAGCCCAAUUAUCAGUCUUGAACGGUAGUGGGAUCAGCAAUGGAGUUAUGACCGCAAACAUCCGAUGCGAUAGCUGUCUUACCUGGCCUGGUGGAAGUGAAAACCCGAGCAGUUCGUCGAGUCCAUGGCUUUGGGCAGUGAAAUACGGGAGCCCACUCAACACAAACAGCUUAUCUGCAUCAAUCACCAUCCACGACGCCGAGGGGAUUGCUGGUAUAGAUCUUCAACAAGCAACCGGUGGCACAUCUGACAACCCAUUUACAAACUCGAACACUACGGCUUCAAGUUCGUCAUCAAGUUCGAUUUCGUCUGUGAGCACUGGGUCUGUUUACAGGCUCCGGAAGGCUCAUGCUACUAUUAUGAUACUGGUCUUUGUUAUAUUUUUCCCUUCAUUUGCUCUCAUGCUUCAUAUUGUUCCAUAUUCGAAGAUUGUCUAUGUUCAUGCUGCUUUCCAGCUUUUUACUCUCGCUUUGGCAAUUGCCGGGAUGGGAAUUGGCAUCAAAAUGGCAAAAAGCCUUGACUUGAUACAGACCUAUCAUCCGAUUAUCGGAAUGGUAACUGUCCCAUGCCUUAUCCUUUUUCAGCCUGCUAUGGGCUUUCUUCAACACAGGUAUUUUCGCAAAACCGGGGACAGGAGUGUGUUUGCUUACUUGCACCGAUGGCUUGGUCGGUGUCUUAUGGCUCUCGGCAUUAUUAAUGCUGGUCUAGGCUUUCGCCUAACAGACAUCGGCCUCUCGAUUGCUCCGGUUGGGGCAGUUAUUGCGUAUAGCGUGGUCGCUGGAAUCGUCGGAAUUGUAUACGCUUUGGUCGUUGUGCUUUUGCCUCUCAGAAAGCGCAGAAGAUCUCAUUCCUAG